AUGGGGCACGCUCUACACCAAUUCAAGGCUCUGUUUUGGAAAAAUUGGCUCUGCCGUGUGAGGCAACCGGUCCUCUCUCUCACUGAAAUCCUGUGGCCAUGUGUACUUUUCUUGAUUCUAGCUGCCGUCCGCUUCCAGGAGCCCCCGAAAUACAAGGAAAAUUGUUACUUAGAAGCUCGUGAUUUACCAAGCCGGGGCCUUUAUCCUUUCAUGAGGACCCUUUUCUGUAAUGUUGGUUCCAGAUGCAGGAACACCAGUUACGCCGCACAGAGGCACGGCCGCUUUGGUGUGUUAUCUCACCCGUCCCUCUUUUUUCUACCAAAAACUAGUGCAAGCCCCCAGAGUGGUCCAGAGAGAACCAUUGGACCUGAUCUAGACUUCAUGGAAGAGAUAGAAGAACUUGCAAAGGAAUUUAUUGAUACUACAGAGAAAGCCAUGGUCUUAGAAAAGCUAUGGGAAGAAAACUCAAGGCUCUCAGUUAUAUUAAAGAGUAUAGGAAUGGAAAACAACAGUAGCUCACACCUGGUGACCUUAGGUGCCCUUCAGUCUUGCAGUGUGAUACUGAUGGAUUUGAAUGAAGCAGAGAAAAUUAUUUCUAGAGCAGAAAAUCUGUACAAGCAACCAUAUAUCUGGAACCUUCUGCAUUCAAUCCCUCAUCUUGGCCUGAACAGCUUUUAUACAGAAGAUGAGUUAUCUACCAUAACACAGUUUCUAAAAGUUAUUCAAAAUACCUUGGCAUCACUGAAGAAUUUACCAAUGAUGCCAUUGGGCCAAAGUUUCUAUGAAGUGGUGAAAAUGGCACUGAAUUUGACUAUUUCCUCUCUUUCAGGUUUUCAAUACAAUCUUUCUUUUGGGGAUAUUUUGUGGAAUCCGCUUGCUGUGAAAGCAGAACUUGAAUCCAGGUUUGGUUUUGAUGGGCCUCAUAUUGAAAGGCUACUAAGUUAUACAGUACAAUUAACAGAGAUUCCCACAGGAGAGACACUGGAGCAGUUUGUGUGCUCUGCUCUGGCUGUUGUCCCAGAAGAUGAAGCAAACAAAGAGAGUACUGGAGAGGGCUGUAAUUCUGCACAGCAUGAAGCCAAACUGUAUCUUGUUCAUGCUGUCAGCAAGUUCAAACUCUAUGCACAGAUACUUGAGCAAUGGCUUGGCAGCAGCAGUCUCUCUCAGAAUCUCCUUUUGGAACUUAGAAGAAUCAUGGCUGAUUUAAUGUCUCAAUUUCUAGACGACAGGGAAGCCAGGAAACUUUUUUCAGAGAUAAAUACCCUGAUCCGGCAAUGGAAUAAGAAAUCAGAUGCCUAUUUUUCGGAAGGAUAUAUUUCAUCUCAUGAUUGGCUCUACAGGGGAGUUAAGUUGUACAUAAAGGGAGUUAAUGUUUGUGAGAGUUGGCAGAGCCUCAAGAAACGUCUGUGGCAGAGCACAGGAACUGAUACUUCCCUAUUUCUAAUGGCUCACUGGAUGACCUGCAUUGCUUCCAGGAGUUGUAAUAUUGGCCUCUGUUUCUCAUUGCUUGUAAUUUCUUGUUCAUAUCAAACACUAGAGCUGGAGGAGAAUGAUGAUCUGGUUUUAAAUAUUAAGAACAAUAACACUCUGUUAAAUCUUCUUUAUGAGAUUUCAAAAAGUAUGUCAUCUUCUCAAGUAUGGCAUGAUUUGCAAAAUAAGGAACUAGUUUUUGAUUUUCUGUUUGAAACUUUCGAUCUUCUCUGGAACCUCACCAGUAAGUCUCUCUGUGAAAAGUUAGUGGUAAUUUACAACUACACAGAGUUUCAGGCACAGUUUCUUGCACAGAACGGAAAAAAAGAUAUGCAAGUUGUUUAUGACACUCUGAGCAGCCUUAAAAUGUUAUUUAUAGAUGAAGAGCUCCAAACAGAUGUCUUAUGUUUUUUGGAAGAGUUUCUUGAUCUGCCUCCAAAAUGCUUGGUAAAUAAUGAGUGCACUGAUAUUUAUCUAGCAAACAUGAGUUCUGUAGAACAUUCAGCAGAGGUUUAUGACUUACUUCUGCUUCCAUUGGACAGUGUCCUGUCUAAUGUAGCAAUCUGGGGAGAUAAGGUAAGUGUGCCUUCUGCUUUGCACUGCACUUUUACAUGGCUUCAGGCGUGGACAGAGAUUUUUGAGGAAGCAUCAGAAAUCUUAAAUUUGAAUUCAACCUAUUUGGUUUGCCUAAGAGAUGAUUUGGCAUAUCUCUCUGAAAAUCUUUUAAAUGUAACUCAAGAUGAACUGUGCAAUAAUACAGCUAUGGCUGUUGUUGAAGCUACAGGAGCAGCAAUGAAGCUAUUAAAAGCUCUAUUUCAGGAACAUGGCAAUUUAAAUGACUUGAAAGAUUUUGAGGCUUUCCUUGUUAAUCUUCAAAGUGUAAUUAACAAUGUAUUUGAUGUCACAAACUUGCUUAAAGAUAGCAGUUUUGAAAGUGUUUUAGAGACAAUGGGAGGCAUGAUAACUAAAAUGCAGAAAUCUCUACUGACGAUUGUUAAUGAAGAGUUUUUUAAUUCCUGGCUUGAUGCUUUCAUCUCUGGAGGAUCUGAGGGGGAAGAUGAGGGUGCUGGUGUAUUUUCUAUUGGAAAUUCUCUUUCUACUAUUCUUAAGCUCUCUCAAAAGGAACUUGAAAUUAUUCUCACUGAGAUAAAUGACACAUCUGCUCUUUUAAAAAGUGUACCUCAAGACAAAUAUAUGGUUUGUAUCAGCAUUUUCCAGAAUAUUACCAAACUAAUUUUGGAUAACACUCUAAAAGACAUACACUACUUGCAAACAAAUUUUUCAUCUCAUCUUACCUCCUUUCUAAACCUUCAUAGUACAAUGGAUGAAGCAGAGGAUUUGGAACUUUUGUCAGAAAUUGAAAAUCUUCUGAAAACCAAAACUUUUGAAAACAGCUCCUCUCAUUUGGACAAUGAGAUUGAAACUUUCUUGCAUGGCAAAAAUAUCAGUUUGCUGAUGGAGUUCUUUCAAUAUAUGAUUAGAAAACUAGACUCAAACUUGCAGAACGAACACAAAACAUUUCCUCAGAAACUGGUAGAAACAGCAGGUCUGAAUAUUGAACUGGUAAGGAAGGCACUUGAAAUUUUCAAGUCUCCUACUUUUACUAUCUUUCCAUUAAGGGAUGAAAAGGAGUUUCUAAAGUAUAUGGUUGCCUUGGUGCAAAACAUGAGAAACACAGAUGUUGAGUUUUUGAUAAGUAGAUUCAAACAGGUCCAGGAGAACCUAGAAAAUUUCUUUAAAAAUAUCAAACGUUUUUCUCUUGAGAACUCUGAGUUAGGUGCUUUAACAGACUGGUGGGAUGCAUUUGAGAAUCUAUCACAUUACUGGAACCUGACUGGUGUAUGGCAAAUAACACAGCUUUUUGAACAAGAUGAGCCCUACAAUAUGGAAGAUGUGUUCAACCUCCUCUUCGAUGUCAUCAGCCUUACAGAAAGAUUGGCUCAUGGAAACAUUACAGAAGCAUUAACUGCAAUACAUGCUUUCAUACUGACUCAGGAAGAAAAAAUGCAGAUGUUUACUGAUGAGGAAUUCUCUAACCAAGUAGAAGAUCUUCUAACAUUGCUGGAGACAUUGGCAGACAUCUCUGAUGAACCUGGAGAGGCCUCUCUUUGUUUUUCUGUGGCAUUCUGCUGGACUUUCACAACAGCAACACCUCUUACAAAAGCAACACCUCAGAGUGAUCACACUAUUCAACUUUGUGACUUUGUGCAUACCAAUUCUACCCUUCAUUACAAUGCAUUCAUUGAAGUAAUUAAGGAGCUUAAACUUAUCACUCUGGAUGACAGUUUUGCUUGCUCUAUGGAGGACAUUCAGAUGGAUAUCGCUCGCAAUCUGACUUGCUUUUUUAACCAGAUCAAAGAAUGGAACUCUAUAAUUUUGAAGUUUUCUGAGCUCCAAAAUAUAAAUAGCUCAGUUCUCAAAGAGCUGCUAGAUUUUUGGAAUGAGCUAUCACUUUAUGCUGUGCCACUCCAGGUGAACAAUACACAUGCAAUCAAUUGUCCCACCACACCAAAGAGCCAAAUGGCUUUACAAAUCGUAGAAAUGCUGGGCAGCAUUUCAGUGUCAGAAAUGGAGAUGGCCAAAAGUCUUCUUGAACAGCUUGAUAAUCUUUAUGGUGGCCUAAGUUGGAACAGAGAAUCAAGAACAUCACUUAAGAGUGUUCUUACUAAUGUUGAGAAUAUGACCAUUGAAGUUUCUAGGCUCCUGAAUACUGAAGCUGUUCUUUCUUUUCUCUCUGUAAUUCAGCCUUUAAUGACACUGUCAUCUGUUGGAAACCAGACACACGAAAUUCUUUUGACAAUGUCAGCUUUAGGUGGGAAUAUCAAUACAUCUGACAGCUUUGAGAACUUUUGGUUUCCUGUAGUUACAAGCAUAGAAAAUUUAUUAGUGAAUUUUAGUGUUAGGCAAUUACUUGUGGUGAUAAAUCAAGAGUUUCAAUUACUGAAGUUUGCCACUGGACAGUCGUCUUCCAUGGCUCCUGAUGUUUUACUAGAGCAGUUUAACACAUCAUCUGUAGAUGCUCUAUCAAGAAAUUUCAAAGAUAUUCAAGACAUUGUGAAGAGCAUUCUAUGUGAGUGUAACAAUAAAAAUUAUUCUAAAAUAAUCCAUGCUCUAAUUCUCCUUAUGACUAAUGAAAGUUCAUCAAAUGACCUACUACUGGCUGUCAAAGAUAUUAUUGCCUUUCUGGAGCUAUUCCAAAAUAAGUCUAAGAAGGACUACACUGGUACGUCGUUUGGUGACAGUCAUUUUAGCAGAGAGAAAUUGAAUAAUACUCGUGCUGUUUUUUCAGUUUUGCUGAACAACCUCCUUCGUGCAAUUGCUGAUCUUGAUGUUGUAGAAGAAGAUUUCCGUAUAAACAAUACUGAGCUUCAUCAAGUUGACUUCAUUGAUUCAUUUUUUUAUAAUGCACCAUAUAGAGACACUUCUACUCAAUCCCAAAGCAGAGCUCUGGAGAUCAUGCAAGAGAUUUUGCAAAUUAUAUUUCAGUCUACUGCAGAACAUGAUAGGAAUAAAAUAAAACUCUUACUAAUGAAUGAGGAUAUAAUGACAGAACUGAGAGCAUCUAAAAUCUGCAGCAUUCUUCAGGAACGUUUAUACCCUGAUAGUGUUGUACUGUUGCAGAAAUUGCAAUUUACCAUUUUGAAUAUUCUCAAAAUCUUUUCAGAAGAACCUAUUGUCUUUAGCAACAUUUUCUGUGCUAUUACAAAGUGUAAAGAUGGAUUAACGAGUCACUUGCUCCUCGCCGUCUUUGAAGGGAUUGCUGUGGCUCAAGACCAUUAUCAGGAUGUUGGAAGAUAUUUGCCUGCUUUUAGCAAGGGGGAUUGUGAAAGUAUGGCAUACAUAAACCAAAAACUUUCCAGUGCUUUGGAGAACUUUGUGGGAGUCUUGCAGAAUACGAGCAGUGACAGCUAUGUUAAAGUCAAAGAUUUUGUCCGGAAUAUUACUCAGUUGAGGCUGGACAUUGGUUCCUCUGUUAAUAUUUCUGAAGAAACUGUCAGUACCCUCUUGGAAGCCAGUGUCUCUCAUUCAGAGGUGCUUUACAGUGCCUUUGUGGUAGCCUUAACUGGAAGAUGUGAUGAAGAAGUACUUAGCCUACUGAUAAAGCUGCCUGAAAACAAUAGAACUUCCCUGGUAGUGGAAGAAUUAUGUUCUUUACCAGCACUGGACUUGUAUACCAUGUUUGUAUUGAUUAUACAAAAUUUGAAUGUACGUCACAUCAUGUACAAGGUCCAGACACCACCUGAGAUAGGCAAUGUAUUAAAUAUGCUACUGGAUGUGGUUUCUAGUAUCAGUUCACUUCUCAACAAAGUUCACCAUGUCGUGGAAAAGCUUCCAUUGUUCCUCCAAGGAAUUCAAAAUAUUGGUGUGCUUGACAUCUCCGCAUUGCAGCAGUUUUUGCAAGGUGGGCAGUUCAGAAGUUCAGCUGUUGGAUCCCUGGAGUCUGUAAUCAAGGCAGUGUGUAAAGAAGAAUCUUCAUUUUUCAGCAAUGCAAAACUGUUCAUAGACAUGCCCAGAAUCAUGGGACUUUUGGAGGACAAUAUGGCAAAAUAUGGCAUUCCUGAAGACUCAACUCCUUUUUGCUUGAAGCUUUAUCAGGAGAUUUUGCAGGCUCCUAAUGGGGCUUUGCUAUGGACUUUCCUGAAACCUUUAUUACAUGGGAAGAUACUGUACAAUUCAAACAUCAACAUGAUUGACCUGGUGAUGGAGAAGGCCAAUUUCACUUUUGGUUUUGUGGAAAACUUGAAGACUUAUUCUGAGACGUGGCUUAGGAUGUCAGAGAUCUUCAAAACCAGUAGAAAUGUUCUUACAGUCUCACGACUACAGGAAGCCCUGCAAAACAAUUUUGUAAAGCAUUUCAUAGAAAGUAAUUUGGAUAUCAACACAGAAAAACUCCUUAAAAAAAUGCAGACAUAUGAAACUAUGACAAACAAGAUGCUUAACAGCUCAGCAAGUAAACAGAUUGACCUGUUGACACAGCUUGUUGUAAAUAUCUCUUCCUGUGUGUUACUGGACCGCUUCCAGCCUUUUGACUCUGUAGAGAAAUUGGAGGAGAAGGCUCAUGAACUCAUGCAGGAGAAUAAUCUUUUGGCUAGUAUCAUCUUCAAUAUCCCAGAAGACAAGAAGCAAGAUUCUAGCAACGUCCUUCCAAGACACAUUUCAUAUACAAUUAGAACCAGUGUUCUCUACAGCAUGAGAACAGAUUUGAUUAAAAACCCAACAUGGAAAUCCCAUCCCCAGAAAUUGCCAGCUGAUGGGUUUAAAUACAACCAUGUCUUUAUUCCUCUUCAAGACAUGAUUGAAAAGGCAAUUAUUUCAGCACAGACUGGGACAGAUGCCUCAGAGACAGCAAUUCAGGUGCAAGCCAUGCCUUACCCUUGUCAUACCAGUGAUCUAUUCUUGAACAACAUAGGGUUUUUUUUCCCACUUAUGAUGAUGUUAACAUGGAUGGUUUCAGUUGCCGGUAUGGUUCGCAAGCUGGUUUAUGAAAGAGAAAUUCACCUUGAAGAGUAUAUGAAGACAAUGGGAGUGUAUCCAGCCAUUCAUUUCUUUGCUUGGUUUUUGGAGAAUUUCAUUGUGCUUACAGUAAGCAGCUGUGCGCUGGCCAUCAUUUUAAAAGCAAGUGGUAUCUUUGCUUAUAGCAACGGCUUCCUUAUCUUCCUCUUUCUCCUGGAAUUUGGAGUAACAGUUAUCAUGUUAAGCUAUUUUUUGGGAGCGUUUUUCAGCACUGCCAAUACAGCAGCUCUGUGCGCCAGCCUUGUCUAUAUGAUCAGCUUUUUACCCUACAUAGUUUUGUUGGUCUUGCAGAACCAGCUGAGUUUCACCAACCAGAUUGUAAUGUGUCUUCUUUCUACAACUGCCUUUGGGCAAGGAAUAUUUUUCAUUACAUAUUUUGAGGGCCAAGAAAUAGGAAUUCAGUGGGAUAAUGUGCACCAGUCAAUGGCACAAGGAGGAUACAUGACCUUUGGAUGGAUGUGCUGGAUAAUGUUCUUUGACUCCAUUUUAUAUUUUGUAGUUGGCUGGUAUUUCAGCAAUAUUAUUCCUGGUAAAUCUGGAUUAAAAAACCCAUGGUACUUUCCCUUUACUGUUUCAUACUGGAAGAACCUGUGUGGUGCAGAGAGAAGCAAGAGACAUUAUCUGAAUUCUAAUAUGUUUUUCUUCAAUGAGAACUUCCAAGAAAAAGAGCCAGCACCUCAGAGCUGGAAAGUUCCUUGCACUGAAGGAGCCACCAUUGGUGUCGUGCUGCUGUCCCUCACCAAAGAGCACGUGGAUGGUCAGAAGGCUGCUGUUAAAGACCUCAACCUCACUUUCCAUAAGGGUCAGAUAACAGCGCUCUUGGGACCUAAUGGAGCUGGAAAGACAACAGUUAUAUCCCUGCUGACUGGUCUGUAUCCACCGAGCUCUGGUACCAUCAUUGUUGAUGGGAAGGACAUACGGACAGAGCUGGCUGCCAUCAGGACAGAACUGGGUGUUUGUCCCCAGUACGAUGUCCUGUUCAACACGCUGACGGUGCGAGAGCACCUCCUGCUCUACGGGGCAGUGAAGGCGCCCGGGUGGACAAAAGAACACUUGAAUGAGCAAGUCAUAGGAGCUCUGGAAGAUGUGGGUUUAUCCCAACAUCAGUACAAACCUGUUGGAGCCCUUUCUGGGGGAAUGAAAAGGAGGCUGUCAAUUGCCAUCUCCUUUAUUGGAAACUCAAAGACAGUUGUUCUGGAUGAGCCCACCAGUGGAGUAGAUCCAUGUUCUCGCCGUAGUAUCUGGGACGUUCUUCUGAAGUACAAAGCUGGUUGCACACUGAUCUUUACCACUCACCACCUCGAUGAGGCCGAGGUGCUCAGUGAUCGCAUCGCCAUCCUGCAGCGUGGCCAGCUGAGGUGCUGUGGCUCUCCCUCUUAUCUGAGGGAGACAUAUGGCCAGGGACACAGUCUGACACUCAUCAAAAAGCCCUCUGUGUUUGAAAUCCAGGACCCUAAGCACAUUGUUCAGGUCACAUCUCUGGUACAGACUCACAUUCCAGAAGCCUUCUUAAAAGAGAACAGUGGGACUGAGCUGACCUAUAUGAUCCCAGAAAGGGCAGAUAAGACCUCUUUUAAAGGUCUUUUUCAAGCUUUGGAUCAAAGCCUUCAGCAUCUACAUGUGACUGGCUAUGGCAUUUCUGACACAACUUUGGAAGAGGUUUUUCUGAAGCUGCUGCAGGACUCAGAGAAGAAGCCCUAUGUUCCACAGGCAGCACACCUGGACCAUAGAAAUGAAAAAUAAAUUCCUGUUCAUCCAUGUAUCCAUCAUUGUCAAAGUCUGAAUAAAACAUUGCCUGAGUCAAACACCUCAAGUGUGCGUGGAGCCCGCCUUGUUCUCACACAGAUUGUUGCCCUUCUGGUGAAGAGGUUUCACCACACAAGACGAGACUGGAGAGGAAGCCUGUCAAAUGUGCUGCUGCCCGUCCUCUUUGUUGCACUGGCAAUGGCCUUGUUCAGCGUGAAGCCACUGGCUAUCGAUUAUCCUCCCCUCAAGCUGACACCAAGACUUUACGACAAUGCAGAAUCCUUCUUUAGCACUGAACAUGAUAACCUAGGAAAACUUUCUCAGGUUCUACUGGGUUAUUUCUCUGAUUGGGACCACACAUGCACACAUUCACAACACAGAAAAAAUAAUUCAUGCUGGCAGAUGGAAUCUGCAUCGGCUCAGGAUUCAUGCAGAUGUGUGUCUGAACAGGAGAUGUGCCCAAGUUUCAAUACCUCUGCUCCCUAUGUGAAGAAUAAGAAAGGACACAUUUUGUAUAAUCUUUCAGGGUUCCCUAUAGAAGAGUAUUUAUUGAGGUCUUCCAACAAAUCAAGGUAUGGUGGUUGGUCUUUUGGAGAGGUGAAAACAUUUGAACUUCAAGAUAAAAAAUUGAACAGCACCAAUUCUCAGCCUCUGGCUAAGGUGUGGUAUAACCAGAAAGGUUUCCAUUCGCUGCCAUCUUACUUAAAUGAACUCAAUAACUUCAUUCUGUGGCUCAAUUUACCUUCUAAUGUGGAUUGGAGACAGUAUGGGAUAACACUCUAUAGCCAACCAUAUGGAGGAGCCUUGUUGGAUGAGGAUAAAAUAAUGGAGAACGUUCGUCAGUGUGGGGUAGCACUGUGUAUCAUGCUGGGUUUCUCUAUCCUCACUGCGUCGAUUGGCACUGGCACAGUGAAAGACAGAGUAUCUGGGACAAAACGCCUGCAGCACAUCACAGGCCUGGGUUACAAAACUUACUGGUUUGCUAACUUCUGCUGUGAUAUGCUGUUUUACAUGGUUCCAGUCACCCUGUGUGUUGGUGUCAUUAGUGCCUUCCAGCUAUCAGCCUUCACUUUCCGAAAGAACUUGGCAGCCACUGCUCUCCUGCUGAUACUCUUUGGAUAUUCAACUUUACCUUGGAUGUAUCUUGCAUCCAGAUUCUUCUCAAGUUCAGAUGUAGCUUUUAUUUCUUACAUCUCCUUAAAUUUUGUGUUUGGCCUGUGUACCAUGCUGGUGACCCUCUUACCUCGCUUGUUAGCUAUAAUUUCCAAAGUGCAGAGUUUUCAGAACAUUUACAAUAUCCUCAAAUGGGCAUUCAUCAUAUUUCCACAAUUCUGCCUGGGCCAGGGUUUAAUAGAGCUUUCAUACAAUCAGAUCAAGUUUGACCUGACCAGGAACUUUGGAAUAGAUUCUUACGUGAGCCCCUUUGAGAUGGAUUUCUUGGGUUGGAUUUUUGUGGAAAUGUCCCUUCAGGGAACACUACUACUUCUUUUACGUCUUUUCCUUCAUUGGGAUCUCCUCUGGAAACCAAGGGGUCAUUGCUCAGUUAAUGGCAUGGACAGCCCUUCAGCAGAUGUUGAUGUAGAAAUGGAGAGACAGAGACUCUUUGGUGGAAGAACUGGUAAUGAUGUCCUACUUCUGUACAACCUCAGGAAGUGUUAUGGAGGUUUCAGUAAGAAGAACACAGCUGUGGAAAACAUAAGCUUGGGCAUACCAAGGGGAGAGUGUUUUGGACUCCUGGGAACAAACGGAGCUGGGAAAAGCACAACAUUUAAGAUGCUGACUGGAGAUAUCAUCCCAUCUGCAGGACGUGCUGUUAUCAGGACUCCUACUGGGUCUGAAAUGGAUAUACUCUCUGCUAGCUCUGAAGGUAUUCUUAUUGGAUAUUGUCCACAGCAAGAUGCCCUGGAUGAACUUUUAACAGGUUGGGAGCAUCUUUAUUAUUACUGCACACUACGUGGGAUUCCAAAGCAGGAUAUCCCUAAGGUUGCAGAGGACCUGGUUGACCGGUUACACCUCAAUGCCCAUGCUGACAAACUGGUGAGAACGUAUAGUGCUGGCACCAAGAGGAAGCUCUCCACUGCUGUGGCUUUAGUUGGUAAACCCCAAAUACUUUUACUGGAUGAGCCCAGCUCUGGGAUGGAUCCCUGCUCAAAACGCUACCUUUGGAAAGCUAUCCUGAAGGAAGUUCAGGAUGGCUGUGCAGCUGUGCUGACGUCCCACAGUAUGGAAGAAUGCGAAGCUCUCUGCACAAGGCUUGCUAUUAUGGUCAAUGGAGCUUUCAAGUGUCUUGGUUCUCCCCAGCACAUUAAAAACAGGUUUGGAGAUGGUUAUUCUGUCAAGGUUUGGCUUAGCAAAGAGAUAAGUUAUGAAAGAAUGAUUUUGGAAUGUCUACAGCUGCAUUUUCCUGGAACACAGUUUAAGGGACAACAUCUUAACCUGCUCGAGUACCAUGUACCAAGAAGUCAGGGAUGUUUAGCAGAGCUCUUCAGAGUCCUAGAGAAUCACAAAACUUUUCUCCAAAUCAAGCACUACUCCAUUAGCCAAACAACAUUAGAGCAGGUGUUCAUUAAUUUUGCAACACAGCAACAAGGAGUCUCACCUUCUUCACAUGGAUCUCCUGUUGUUCAUCAUGAUUGUCUCCCAGUCUAGGCUCAGAACAGGAUACAGCUUCAAUGUCAAGUGUGUGUAUGUGUAUGUGUUUGCAUAUAUGUGCACACAAGCUACAUGCAAUAACUUUUCAACUGUGAACGAUUUGUGUAUGAGAAACAAAUAGUAGAAACAGAGGUGAAUUUUCAUCUGUAAAAGGAAUGGUACCAGUUCUUGUUUAAGCAAGAAACUGAUUAUAUGUGGACCAAAAAUAUGCCAAAAAAGUAAUGUUUCCUUAAUUUAACUGGAAUUUCAAAAUACAAAUGACCUAAUUAAUGCAGAGAAAAAAGGCUGAUCUGAAAUGUCAGUGCAGAGUAGAUUUUUUUUUUUGGUGGUGGUUCUGCAUUCAUUUGACUAUAGUACUUUCUUGCAUGCACACUUAAUAUAUAAUUUUUACAUGAUAGUACAAGAAAGAACAAUUGAAUUGUAACGAUGAGUAGGCUAUCACCCAGUAUUUUUAUUUAAUCACACAAAUUGAGAACCUUUCGAUUUCCCUGUUAAUUCAGUUCUGUGUUGUGCCAAGCUAAAUUAACCUUUUUAAUG